AUGAAGGACGACAUCGAAAUACCCCAGACCAGGGUGACCUCGGUCGGAAGCAUCAACGAGAAACUUGUUGACUACAAGGAUGUGGAUGCCGCUCUGGGUUUUCUGCGGGAGAAUGCCCAGCAGGGGCAGGCGGUGGAUAUCGAUGAGAAGAAGCUCAUGCGAAAAGUCGACUGGAUGAUCAUGCCGCUGAUGUUCGCCUGUUACUAUUUGCAAUACACCGACAAGACCUUGCUCUCCUAUGCUGCAAUUAUGGGGGUCAUUGAAGACACUCACAUGCCGGCGAAUGGCUUCUCAAACUUGGCAAUCGCUUUCUAUGUCUCCUUCCUGUUCUGCGAACCAUUCCAGUCGUUCUUCAUCCAGAAGUUUCCGACGGCGAAGUAUUUGGGCUGCAAUGUGAUUCUCUGGGGCAUUGUGGUCUCCUUGAACUGUGUGUGCCGCAAUUUCGCGUCCAUUGUUGCUCUCCGAGUCUUGCUCGGCGUGUUUGAGUCCCUUGUCAUCCUCACGGCCAUGUGGUACAAACGACAUGAACAAGUCUCGCGAAUGGGAAUCUGGUAUCAAGGCACAUCGGUGGCACCGGCGGUGUCUUCAUUAGCCUCAUAUGGCUUCUUGCAUUACACCAACUCCCACCCGCAUGUCCAUUUCAAGUCGUGGCAGAUUCUAUUCCUGGUCUUCGGGCUCAUCACCAUUGCCGUCGGGAUCUUGGUGGUGCUCUUCCUUCCAGACAACCCAAUGAAAAGCCGGUUGUCCCCAGAGGAGAAGGUCUACAUCAUCGAGCGAGUCCGUGAGAACCAGACGGGAAUCGAGAACAAGAAGUUGAAGACCAAGCAAGUCAAGGAGGUGCUUAUGGACUACAGGACUUGGUUGCUGAGCUUGGUUGUCAUCACCACCAAUGUGCCCAACGGUGCCGUGAGCUCUUUCUCAAGCAUCAUCAUCGAGAACUUUGGCUAUGAUGAAUACACGACUCUCCUCCUCAACCUGCCAGGAUGCGCGGUGGCCUUUGUGUCGGUUGGCUUCGGAACAUGGUGGGCGGGCAGAUACAACGGCAGAGGCAUCGCCAUCAUUGUCCUUAUCAUUCCAACAUUGAUCGGCGGAGCUUUGAUGGCAUGGCUGCCUCCGGAUAACAAGGGUGGUUUGCUAGCCGGCAACUUCAUGACCAACACUGUCGGUUCAACCCUUCCGCUGUUGUACAGCUGGAUCACCUCAAACUAUGCUGGACAUACAAAGAAGAUCACGAUGAAUGCAAUCGUGCUGAUGAGUUUCUGCGUGGGCAACAUCAUCGGACCUGAGACCUUCCGAGCCAAGGAUGCGCCCCAAUACAUCCCCGCUAAGCUUACCAUUGUGGUGAUUCUCGCCAUCGCCAUAAUGCUAGCCGUUGCACUGGACUUGCUGUACGCGUGGGAAAACAAGAAGCGGGACCGCGAAGAGCCCCAGGAUCUACCAGCAGAUUACGAGUUCCUCGACUUGACAGACAAGGAGAACAGGAACUUCCGAUAUCUGCUGUGA